GCCUUUUGGGCUCUCAUCUAAUCUAUACAAUCUGACUCUUUAUCUUUCUCUUUUGUCUCUACUCUCUCGCUCUCACAGUCUCACUCUGUCACGCAUUUCCUUUCGAAUCAUCAUCGAUGUCUAAGCUCAGGAAUUUGUCAUCGGAGCUUCUCCCACAUGACGUCGUAUUCGAGAUUCUGACUCGGCUACCAGUUAAAUCCUUAAUCCGAUUCAGGUGCGUUUCUAAAUCUUGGUACUCUACCAUCACCGACCCCAUUUUCAUUACCAAACACUUCAAUCACAACAAAGCCAAAUCAUUACCAUCCAACAACAAUCAUAAUGGUUUUCUUCUAUAUAUUUGUAAGAAACAAAUGUGUACGGCCGUUUGCAAUGGCGACCCCAAAUUGACAUUGACAACGACAACUGAGGUUUCUAGGUUUCAAAUCCCCUUUACUGUGUAUUUUUACAAGAUUAGCUUUUGUAAUGGAAUGUUCUUGAUUUAUCCAUAUCCUCGCGAUCGUAGAAUAUAUUUAUGGAACCCAAGCAUUCAAAAGUUUAAGAUAUUUGCUGAUGCUCCUACUGACUUCACUUCUGGACUUGCCUAUCAUUCUAAAAACAAUGACUUCAAGAUUCUCAAAAUUGCGUUUCAUCCAACUUUCGUUUACAAUGAAAGGCCGCUGUUUGAGGCGAAGGUUUACACAUUGAGUACAGAUUUAUGGAGAAGGGUUGAAUUUUCGGUGAAGUCUGUACCCAAUUUUCGAUCUAUUCAUGAAAUACAACAUGAACCCUUUUUAUUUUGUAAUGGAGCUCUACAUUUUAUGACAUAUCCCAGGGUUAAAAACAACACUAACAAUUUUAUUUUGUCCUUUGAUGUCAAUGAUGAAAUAUUCCGAGAGAUAAGACUGCCCGAGAAUAUUGGUAACAUACAACAUUUCCAACUUGCGGUGUUCAAGGGAUCUUUGGCUCUAAUUGCUUCUGGUAUUGCUCGAUUUGAAGAUUUUCGAGCUACAUAUACAUGCGUCGUAUGGGUGAUGAGACGGUAUGGUGUGGUUGAGUCUUGGACAAAAAAAACUAUAGCAGUCAGGCCAGGCGGCCCACUCCAGAAAUUUUUGGGUUGCACUGACAGUGGUCAACUUCUAUUUUUUCAUAUGUCAGGAAGGAUUGUUUCUUACUUUCUUAUGACCCUGAGUCAGGGAGUCGGAACGAGAGCAAUAUUGGAAUUCCACAUCCUUACUGGCUGGGCUACACAACUGAUCUUAUGGAGAGCCUGGUUUUACUUGAUCACAAAUAAAUGUCAUCUAAAUUUGAAGAUUAGUUAGUCUCAAAGAGUAGUUGAUAUUAAAUUAAUGAAGUAAAUGAUGCUCUUUUUAUGUUUUCUUUUGCUUUUUCUUAUUUUAAUAUUAAAUCAAUGAAGCCAUCAUUAUGUUCUUCUUUUUUUUUCUAUUGUAGUAGCAUGAAAGUAAUGUGGUAAUCCUUUUUGGUUUAUUUGGUCAUUCUAACACAUGGCAAUGUCACAGUGAAACAUAUAUGUUUAGCCAACGUAACACUUGUCCUAUCAUAAUGAAUAUUGGAUUGGGUAUCAAGUUUAUAAUUGAAAUUGGUUUUGCUUGUACAUUAUUGGUACUUGGUGGUACCCUUGAUUUUGAUUUUUUUCCAACUCACCUUGUUGGAUGUCAUGCUUUGAUUCCCAGGCAGAAAAAUAAUAUUUUCUAUAAACUAUGAAUUUGUUGCGCAGGCUCAAUUGAUUGUCCCCAGCCCCAUUCCUUAUUUUAAUACCUUUUUUAUUGAUUUAUCUAUCAAUUUAUAAUUUCCAUUCUCUUUUUAAGCUGGCAAGCAUCUGUGGAUUCAUAUGAAUAGAAGAAUAAACUUUUGGAAUUAGGUCUUCAGGGAAAAUCAUCAAGAUUUUGGCUGGGUCCUUUACUUUUUAAAUCUUCAUUUUUCUUCUUUUUGUUGUCCUAUUGUUAAAUGCUUUUGUUUCAACAUCUAUGUAUGCUUAAAAACGUUGAUUGUUAAGCUGCAUAUUGCACAUCAACCUAGCAUAUAUAUCCUACACGCUCUAGGUGUAUUGGUUCCAAGUAUCCUUGACAUAGAGACAAGACUGAUGCUAGCUCUUGCAGAUACAAUACUCUUGCAUGUAUUUUCUCUUUAGUUUUUUUAUGAGAUUUCUUUAUAAUUUUUACAGUACAUGUGAAUAUUCACACUUGUAUACACAGCAACACAUGCAUGCUUUUUAAGCAAAAGUAUUCUAAUCUUGCUUGAAAGUUGACUGUUAUAAGUAGACAGAAAUAAGCUAUUGAUAUCUCCAACCACUACUACUACUAUUAAGAGAAGCAUAACCUUACCAGCUUGAGCUAAUUCAGUUGCAACAAGGCAACUAAUUUCAGCCUAAGUUGGGUUGGGAGAGGGCUAAAAGUUUCACACAUGAAGCUGUUCUGAUUAGGGAUGAGACUUGCAUGCUCUUGUUCACCUCAAAUGAGCUCAGGUUGCCCAAGUUGCAGCCUCUAAAAUUUUGAGCUUGGCAUCUCGAGAUUUCAUAAAGCUUAUGUAUAUAUACGUGUGUACUGAUUAGAAAAACGUAUAUAUGUGUGUGUAAACCAGCCAAGGUUGCUCAAGUUGCAGCCUCUAUUUUCAGCUUGCAUCUCAAAAUUUCA